AUGACUUUUCAGGGUUCUACUGGUGGGCAUUUACAUGACCCAGCCAUUAUUGCCACGGACGGGCCCCUCGAUGUCGUGGAAAACCAAGAUGGGGUUCUGGAAGAUGUAUAUGGACGCCCUAUGGUCAUGAUCUACAAUUCCAAUCAGAAUCGGGCUAGCAUCAAGAAGAAGCAUGCAAAAGACCUGAAAGGGCAGAGCCUAGAGACCCAGACACUGGCAUUUAUCAAUUCCUCAGAGCCAAAACCAAAAGAGAAAGCUGCUCGGACAUUGAUCCGAACUCACGUGAUGACUAAUUUCCGGCGGAAACAGAGGCAUCCAGCCCAGAAGUCACAGUUAAAGCCAAUGGCCCACAGGAAUGAAGUCCACCGAGACCCUAUUCGAGCUAGCUAUCAGGGGAGCUUCAACCCAUUUGGGCCUCUUGGGAUGAGCUCACGUACACAUCAAUUUCGCAUAGCCAGGCAUGAGAUGGAAGCGGCAUUCCGCAGGGCCGAAGAGAAAGAGCGCCGGGAGAUCAAGGAGGCUGACGAACAUCGUGAGCCCAACCCAUGGUUACGCCGUGUAGGAUGGGCCGCCCAUUUAGCAGGAUUAGAUCGAGCCAAAAUCCGAGGAUGGGUGGAGAUGCCUGAUGACGACGAACUGGAAUUGCAAACGAUGUGUAAGGCAUUUGAUUGGAUGAUCCGAGAGGCACAAUAUAUCACGGUGCAAGAGGCUGUUAGUUAG